AUGACAGAGCAAUUGAUCAGUUUGAGAACUUCUGAGGAAGCCUCAACAUCUUCUUCUAUCUGCAAAAGACUUGACAACAUUCAAGCGCUACAUGAGUCUCUUGACAAGCUUAUCUGUCUUCCUGUCACACAAAAGGCUCUAGCACAAGAGCAGAACAAAAAAUCUGUGGAGCAGCUUCUUGAUGGGUCUCUAAGGAUCUUAGAUUUGUGCAACAUCUCUAAGGAUGCUUUGUCGCAGAUGAAAGAGGGUCUAUUGGAGAUCCAGUCGAUUCUGAGAAGAAAGCAUUACUUAGCUUCAAGAAUAUCCCUGAAGAAAACAUUCCAAAAGGUUCUCAAGAGUUUGAAGGUCAAACAGGAACAUGAGUGCAACGAUGAAUCUCUUGUUCUGUUUGGAGAAGCAGAAGCUAUUACAAUGUCCCUUUUUGAUUCACUGUUCUGCUUCAUGUCUGGAUCAAUGAAUUUUGGCAAAUGGUCCAUGGUGUCAAAGCUAAUGAGCCAGAAAAAGGUCUAG